CAUUGUUGUAGUUAAUGCGCUUCAGUGGGCAGAGAGGGAGGCAUAGUUACUCCCCCAAAUAGUGUGGCACUCGCAAUAAAAGAAAACAAACAACAACAAUUCAGGCAGACAAAUUGAUAUGCAACCCGAAGCAUAUCAAAAUGGCAUUAGACCAACAGAUAACAGAUUAUCCCCGACAAAGCGUCAGCAGGGCAAGUUCUCAUUUGUUUUCAUUGAUAAGACAUCCAAAUUCAUAAAAACAAAGAUUUCACUUGCUACAAAGUCAAUAAACAUCAAUCGCAAAAACAGUUGUAUGGAGAGCCUUGGUUAAUUAGCAUCGACAAAGAGUAGCAAGUUACCAUACAAGCACAGUAUAUAUGUGCAUAAAUGUAAAGACAAGAUUUGCUGGCGUACGUGAUUCCAAUACAUAGCAUAAAAAAAAAGUAAGCAAUAAUUUCAAAAUCGCCAACAUAAACAGAGCAUUCAUCCACGAUGACAAGUGCUUUGGGUCGUUUGCGUUUAAUCACCUUUGAUGUCACCAAUACAUUACUCCAGUUUCGUACAAGUCCUGGCAAGCAAUAUGGAGAAAUUGGUGCACUCUUCGGUGUACUUUGUGACAAUGAUGAACUUGCAAGAAAUUUUAAGACAAAUUGGUAUCUCAUGAAUAGAAAAUAUCCAAACUUUGGACGAAAUUCAAGUAUUGGCUGGCAGCAGUGGUGGCAUCAACUUAUUGGUGCCACUUUUGCUGACAGCGGUUCCUUGAUCCCCGAGGAGAAAUUAGGCAAUUUAGCCAAUCAUCUGCUGGAGCUUUAUAAGACUAGUCUUUGUUGGCAAAAUUGCAACGGCAGCAUCGACUUACUCAACUAUUUGCGCCUGCAACAACAACUCGCACCCACCAACCAAAGCGAUAAUGAAGUUGGAAAUAAUCAGAGCAAUAAUAAAUCGCCAAUUUCUCUUGGGGUCAUUGCAAAUUUUGAUCCGCGCUUGGACAUUUUAUUGCGUAAUCUCAAAAUUCAACAUUAUUUUGACUUUGCAAUCAAUUCUUAUGAUAGUAACGUUGAGAAACCAAACCCAGAAAUAUUUCAUUUUGCUAUGCGCCUGUCUGGGUUGAAAGAUUUAAAACCUGAAGAAUGCUUACAUAUCGGUGAUGGACCCACUACAGAUUACUUAGCAGCGAAAAAUGUUGGCUGGAAUUCCGCACUGAUACAUGAGAAGAAUGCUAGCUUACUAAUCGGAAAAUAUGGCGAUCAAGUUGAGGAGCAUUUCGUUUUCCCCAGUUUAUAUGAUUUUCAUAAAAAGUUUUCAAAUAAUUCAAUAAAGUGGUGAAACAUUUUAAUUUUA